AUGGCGUUCAACUUCAACUGGUCGCCGUUGAUGGCGGACGCAAGUUUCUACACUCGCGCUCAAGAUCUAUUAACGGCUGCGCUCAAUAAAUCCCCCAAGCCGCCCAUCAUCGUCGACGACAUCAUCGUUACCGAGUUAAAUCUCGGUUCGAUCCCGCCCGAGUUGGAAAUCUUGGAGAUUGGAGACUUGGCUGAAGAUCGGUUUAGAGGCAUUUUCAAGAUGUCCUAUUCGGGCGAUGCCUUUCUCACCCUGAAAACACGCGUCCAAGCGAAUCCGCUCAACACGUACCUCCUUACCCGACCGUCGUUUGCCUCGCCGCUGCCGCUGGCUGCCGCCAAAAGGGGAUCACCGUGGUGUUCCGAAAUGAUCCCGCUCGAGUCGCUCAAAGUUUCAUCCACCUUCGAUUCCAUCCCGUUCGUGCGCGACUUCCUGCAACGAGAAAUCGAGGCUCAACUGCGAAUCCUGUUUAUGGAUGAGCUUCCCGCCAUCAUCCAUCGUCUCUCGCUCCGAUUAUGGGUCCCAGAAUAUCGCGCCGGGGAAGAGGAUCAGGAUCAGAACACCAACACUGCCGGCGAGGGUCCUGGUCAAGAUCCAUUGGCCAGUCCUCCGCAAGACCCAGUGGACGCGCUUGGAAACGCUCUGAAUGAAUCCGAAAUCGCGUCGCUAUCGCUAGACUCGUCCGUCGAGACCCAUUCUCUGUUCUCACAAAAGAACCUGCUACGAUUGGCCGCCCUGACCGAUUCGCAACGAACCCUCUCGCUCUUCACGCCAUCGAUACAGGAAGUUGUAUACCGCGCAUGGACCUCUCCUUCCGACCAAGGCGAUAUCAGUGGCGGCGUGACUUCGCCGCUGAGCCCCGCCCUCUCGAGAACCCAGUCGCAAGUAGGCGGAAUGUCCUCCUUCCAGGACAAUGCGAGCACGAUAUCAUCCUAUAGCCGGACUUCGACCUCUACCCACACUUUCAGUACCUAUGGUCUGAACUUAGGAGCGGGUCGGCAUUCGAAGGCGCAUGCGCGAAAGAGGAAGAAGCGUGUUGUUGAUCUGCGCCGCCCUAAACAGCCGGAAUCCGAGACCGCUAGUGUCACCGAUGAGAGUUCGUUCACCGAGACCACCAGCGCCCCCUCUGUACGCUCCGCUCCACUUCCUCGGGUCAACGAGCAGCCCGAUGAUCCGGUUACGCCUCCUCUAUCUCCGGAUAGCGACUUCCAUCUCCCGCCGAUUCCCGAGCGACACCGCUUUAGCAUCUCGCGCCCUGCCCUCCGUCGCGACAUCGCGACCGAAAUGUUGCGCGAGACCGGAGAGUCCUCGUCAGAGCCUGCUAGACGCCAUGCCGAAGUCGACGAUAUCGAUGCGACUCCUCGGACUAUCAUUCGGCAUGAGCCAUCCCGAUACGAAGGCGAGAAGCAGGAAGCAGGCCCCUCGCGACAAUUGCCGUCAACGAUCCUUCCCUUUACGGAGGAGAAGUCAACUCCUGGCCCCGUUGACCAGGCUCUGGUUGAGCGGAUUGCGGGUGAGAUAGCCCGCCGUAUGCGGGAAGACAAGCUGAUGGGCACCAACUCGUGUGCCUUUUGGAACCGACCCGGGCAUGAAGAGAGCCCUCCACCUGCCUACGGGCAAUAA